AUGGCCUCCAAAGAAAUCAUCUUGGCUCAUAUUGCCAAUUUCGCAAAGUCGAACGAUGACUUGAAAGACUUGUCCAAAGCUUUGGACAAAUACGUCAAGAAAAACAACGUUGAGUUGCCUACUGUGGUGGGCGACUUGGAAUCUUUGCUUGCUGAAAGCGAUUCUGAAGGCGAAGAGGCUGAAGUCAGCAAGAGCUCGGAAACAGAGUCUAUCAGUGAAGAGAAGUCUGAAAGCAGCUCGGAUUCCGACUCUAGCUCUUCGUCUUCUAGCUCCGACUCUGAGUCUUCGGACUCUUCGGACUCUUCGGACUCCGAUUCCUCCUCUGAUUCUGAUUCUGAUUCUGAUUCUGAAUCUGAAUCUGAAUCUGAAGAGAAGCCAUCCGAAAAGAAGGAAGAAGCUUCCAACUCCUCGUCUAGUUCCGACAGCUCUAGUUCCGACUCUUCUGAUUCCGAUUCUUCAGACUCUUCUGACUCUUCUGAUUCCGAUUCGUCUGACUCUUCUGAUUCUUCUGAUUCUGACUCUUCUGAUUCUGACUCUUCUGAUUCCGACUCUUCUGAUUCUUCUGAUUCCGAUUCUUCUGACUCUUCUGAUUCUGACUCCUCGGACUCUGACUCCUCAGACUCUGAUUCCGACUCUGAUUCCGAUUCCUCUUCCAGCUCUUCCAGCUCUUCAAGCUCUUCUGACUCUUCUGACUCUUCUGACUCUUCGUCUUCCGACUCCGAAUCUGAGUCCGAAUCUGAACAGACCAAGAGACCUCAAGAAGCGGAAUCUGAACAGCCAGCCAAGAAGCCAAAGGUUACCGGAAUCAGUGCUUCUCCAGAGCCAGAAUUGCAGCCAGGUCAAAGAAAGCACUUCUCCAGAAUCGACCGCUCCAAGAUUGCUUUUGAAGACCAAACUUUGAUGGACAACACUUACAAAGGAGCUGCUGGAACUUGGGGUGAGAUGGCCAACGACAAGUUGAUGCAAGUGAGAGGAAAGGACUUCACCAAGAACAAGAACAAGAUGAAGAGAGGUGCAUACAAGGGUGGAUCCAUCACCAUGGCCAGUGGUUCUUACAAAUUCACCGAUUAG